CAUUUGUGCCAGCGAUGGCGGAUGCUAGCUCUGCUCAUUUGACUGCAAUGCGUCCCUUAUCCAGCCACGUAGCAGUGAUCGGCGCCGGUGCCAGCGGUUUGGUGGCGGCACGUGAGCUUCGGCGGGAAGGUCACAACGUCGUAGUGUUCGAGAAAGGAGACCAAUUGGGUGGCAAUUGGGUGUACACCCCAGAAGUGGAGUCCGACCCAAUUGGUCUUCACCCAAACAGAACCAUAGUCCACUCCAGCAUGUACCAGUCUCUGAGGACUAACCUCCUCAGAGAGAUCAUGGGGUUUCGGGACUACCCAUUUGCGGCAAAGGAAGAAGAUGAAGAGAGAGACCCCAGAAGGUUUCCGGGUCACAGAGAGGUGUUGAAGUACUUGAAUGACUUCGCCGGCGAGUUUGGGAUUUGUGAGAUGGUGAGGUUUGAGACUGAGGUGGUGUUCGUGGGUUUGGUGGAGGGUGGCAAGUGGAUAGUGAAGUCCAAGAGCAAGACAAGUGAUGAGGGUUUGGAAGAGAUUUAUGAUGCUGUGGUCGUUUGUUGUGGGCAUUAUACUCAGCCUCGUGUAGCAGAAAUUUCAGGUAUCACUACAUGGAAAGGGCGGCAAAUUCACAGCCACAACUAUCGAACUCCUGAGCCGUUUCGAGAUCAGGUUGUAAUUUUGAUAGGGAGCUCCAGUAGUGCUACUGAUAUCUAUCGGGACAUCGCUGGAGUUGCCAAAGAGGUUCACAUUUCAUCUAGAUCUAUUGCUUCCGAAACCAAAGAGAAGAAGCCUCAGUUUGAUACGAUGCGGCUUAACGCUAUGAUUAAUAGUGGCUAUGAAAACAUGUGGGUUCGCUCUAAGAUUAAAAGUGUCCAUGAAGAUGGUAGUGUUGUUUUCAUAGAUGGGAGUGUUGUCGUCGCUGACACCAUUCUUCAUUGCACAGGGUACAAAUAUCAUUUCCCUUUUCUUGAAACCAAUGGCAUUGUAACCGUGGAUGGAGAUGACAACCGUGUUGGCCCACUGUUCAAGCAUGUCUUCCCGCCUGCCUUGGCACCGUCGCUUUCUUUUGUUGGGGUACCAUGGAAGACCGUUCCUUUCCCCAAUUUUGAACUUCAAAGCAAGUGGAUAGCAGGAGUUUUGUCGAAUCGAAUUGCGCUUCCAUCCAAAGAGGAGAUGAUGAAGGAUGUCAAAGCUUACUACUCGUCACUUGAAGCUUCUGGCAAACCUACACGACACACUCAUGACAUUUUUGAUUAUCGGGGUGAAUAUGCUGAUUGGCUUGCGGUACAAUGUGGGUCUCCAGUCCUAGAAGAAUGGAGAGAACAAAUGAUGUUGACAGUAGCAAAGAAUUGGUUAGUCCGACCCAAGACAUAUCAAGAUGAGUGGGAUGAUAACCAUUUAGUACUGCAAGCUUAUGAGAGCUUCAAGAAUGGAGUAUAAGUUAUUAGAAGUGAUGUGAAAUCAACCUGUGCCAGAUGAAUUCCAAUCAUGAAAUGAUUACCUUGUUUCUUGUUGAAAGUUCAUCCAAUUAUCUA